CACAACAUCACUUGUGCUCGAGAAGUCGUUCAGUCUUUCUCUUUCCCCUCACUGGUCCAUCCAAAAUGGUUUUGAAGCACAACAACCAGUUGCCCAACCAGCAUUUCCGCAAGCAGUGGGACCGUCGUGUCAAGACCUGGUUCGAUCAGGCUGGCCGCAAGAAGUCCAGAAGAGUUGCACGCAUCCAAAAGGCCGCUCGCAUUGCUCCCAGACCUGUUGACGGUCUCCUCCGUCCUGCCGUUCGUUGCCCUACUCUCCGCUACAACAUGAAGUUGAGAUCUGGCCGUGGUUUCACUUUCGAAGAACUCAAGGAGGCUGGUAUUCGUACCAAGGAAGCCCGCACCAUCGGUAUUGCCGUUGACCACCGUCGCCGCAACAAGUCUCAAGAAUCUCUUGAACUCAACGUUCAGCGCUUGAAGGCUUACAAGGCUAAGCUUAUCGUCUUCCCCCGCAAGGCUGGUAAGGCCAAGAAGGGUGAUGCCGAGGCUUCUGAGCUUGCCUCCGCUGUUCAGCUCCGCGGUGGUCUUCUCCCCGUUCAGCAGGUUGCUGCUGCUCCCGAGGCUCGUGCUAUCUCUGCCGACGAGAAGAACGUCAAUGCUUUCAUGAAGCUCCGUUAUGCUCGUUCUGCGGCCCGCACCCUCGGUGCCCGUGAGAAGCGUGCCCGUGACAAGGCUGAGGAAGAGGCCAACAAGAAGAAAUAAAUUUCUGCUAGCCAUUCCACAUCCAUUUAUACAACGUAUCGAUGCCAAUAAAAAGACUGAGGAUGCGUCAUCUUUUAAUAGU